GAUCUUGUGUCUUCAGGAAAUCCAGGAGCUGGCAGGAGGGGAAUGAACCGUGAGGGUGUCCCCGGAAAGAGUCCGGAGGAGAUGUACAUUCAGCAGAAAGUGAGAGUCCUGCUCAUGCUGAGGAAGAUGGGAUCAAAUCUGACUGCUAGUGAAGAGGAGUUCUUGCGCACGUACGCGGGUGUAGUGAAUAGCCAGCUUAGCCAGCUCCCUCAACACUCCAUUGAUCAGGGUGCUGAGGACGUUGUGAUGGCAUUUUCCAGAUCAGAGACCGAAGACAGAAGACAGUAACGACCUGAUACCUGAACAACACAGAACUGGAGAGGACAGUGAGGUUCCUGAAGAUACAGGAGGAUGGCUGAGCAUUAUUAGGUUCCUUUGCCCACCCUAAUUGUUCCUUGGUAUUCCUUCUCCUUUGUAAUUUUGUUCCCCUUUGCCCAACCCUCAGAAUGCAUCUCACAGCCAUCGAUUCCUAUAAGUUUUUGCUGCUCAGCUGGGCUGUGUUAAUUAAGGACAAACCUAACGGUGUAUUUUCGAUUGGCUCAAAGGGACAGACUGGGAUUGGCUAAAGGAAGACAAUUUUUCAAACUUGACCAAUGACAACCUUUUAUCUCGCAUUUUAUUUUGUAUUUUAAAGAAAGUCUCUUGACAUCCUACUUCUAAAGAAGCUUUUCAUGCUGUGGUGCUUAUUUAGGUCAAACUUGUGAAUUUGAAGAGGGUUUGAUUUGGCUGCGUAGAACUGGAAGCAACUUGUGGUUGGUUGACAAUGCAAAUGCUUUCUCUUCGGUUGGCUUGCAGGUAUUUUGCUGACUUUGACAUUUUCAUUGCAGAAAGCUGAUGUUUUGGUGCAUUGGUUAUUUCUUUAUACUUAACUGACUUGGGGGAAAAGACAAAUGUGCUUUGCGAUAUUUAUUACAUCAACACACAUAUAAGUGCUUGCUUUUUUUUGUUGUUUUUGGUUUUUUGAUCGGCUUUGAAUCAUGUUUUUGAUUUCCUAUUGGCUGCAGUGUUUCUGAUGCAAUCAGUUUUUCCAUUCUCAUCUGCUCUGUGGCCUCGAGCUCUUUUGGGAGCAUGUGUCGAAAGCAUAUUUAGUCCAGUAAGCCUACCUGUAGGAGCUGUAGAUAUUUUGCAGGAAUUGCAACAAUGAGAUCUAUGGCUGUGACGUGAAUUUGCCAAAUUUGUAUAGAGAAUAUGUGAACGUGUUUAAAAUACUACAUAUAGUUCCACUUUAACCCUUUAAUUGCUGCACAAGGCUAGCUCUCACAUAAGGAAAAAUUAAUGAUCGUUAACUUAAAUCCAACUUGCACUGGGCUUUAAUAAACUAAGUUUCUAGUCUCUUGAAAAAUUGUAUGUGGUUUGGCUCCUUGCAACUGUUUGGUGACAUGGAAAUUAUCUGGAUCCGAAGAUAAUACCAUUUUCUUUAGGCACUGUUCCAAGAGGCAGUAGCACAGCGUUAAGCUGUCCAGGAGUGAGUGGAGAGGUGACACUCUGGGGU